CAGACUGCAGACUGGCUUCUGUCCGAGCUGAAACACUGGAGGGACCGCGGAUCUCUGCUGCUGUGAUGAAGAGGAGGGGGCUGUCCUGUAGCUUCUUCUCUUCAGAACCGGACUUGUGAAGACUUCCCCCUUCUUGUCUCGUCCGAUCUUCAUAAACAGACUAAAGUGUCCUUACAGCUCCAUGAAUCUUCACUGUGAGGACUAAGACACAUCCAGGCUCCUGUAGCUACUUUAUGACCCUGACAGGAUGGGGGGUUCACAGUUGAUGUCCCAGCAUCCCUCUGGGGCGAGGCUGAGCAGAGGGAGUCUUAUCAUAGCUAUACCUCUGAUCUUGUUGUUGCCAUCAGUGAGUGGUCAGCUCAUUGCAACCCCUCUGGACUGUCACAAGACAUGUGUGUGUGCUAGUAACAUUGUCAGCUGCUCCAAGAUGAACCUCACACACGUCCCCCUCCCUCUACCUCGAUACACCUCUGUCCUGGACCUCAGCUUCAACUCCAUCACCAGGCUGCAGGCUGAGUGGACCCCAAUCAAACUUAUGAGGCUGCACAGUCUGCUGCUCAGCAACAAUGGCCUCAACUUCCUCUCAUCGGAGGCAUUUGUUCAUGUGACCAGGCUUCGCUACCUGGACCUCUCCUCUAAUAGCCUCCGUCAGCUAGAUGAGUUCAUAUUUGAGCCACUGGAGUUCCUGGAGGUGCUUCUGCUCUAUAAUAACCGGAUCUCUCAGAUCGACCGCUCGGCUUUCUCAGGCCUCAUCAGCCUGCAGAGGCUCUACCUGAGCCACAACCAGAUCUCCCGCUUCCCCCUGGAGCUGGUGAAGGAGCGCGGGCGACUCGAAACUCUCGGACUCCUUGAUGUGUCCUCUAACCGUAUUAAAUCCCUCCCCCUGCAGGAGCUUCAAGUUCUGCCUGCUUGGAUCAAGAACGGUCUUUACUUCUACAGCAACCCUCUGCCUUGCAGCUGUGAGCUGUAUGACAUGUUAGCCCGGUGGCACCUCAAGGAGCUCAGUUCUGCCACUGACUUCAGGAGCAGCCACACCUGUGUUAUACCAGGAGCGCAGAAGGAGAAAGUGGCCAUUCUGGAUCUAAAUAAGACUUACUUGAACUGCAGUGAGGUCAAAAUCAUGGAUGAGAGCGCAUAUCUGGAACAGUACCUGGUUCUGGACUGUGACACCAGACAGAGGGACAUGAGGAAGAGCUGGGAGCUGCCUGGAAACAUCCCAGUUACUCCAGAAUACAAGACGGCUGUUGUGCGUUCAGAUGGCAGCCUGCAGAUCGGGCCCCUCAUGGUGGAGGACUCAGGGGUCUACACCUGCUUAGCCACCAGCGACUCCUUCAAUGAGACACUGUAUGUAACUGUGGUGGUGUUCAACUCCACCUCAGGCGGUGGACUGGAGAACAUGAAAACUGCCUACACAACCCUCGUAGCUUGCCUGGUGAGCAUAGUUAUGGUUCUAAUCUACCUCUACCUCACUCCCUGCCGGGGCCCCUGCUGUCCGGAUCAAGGUCUGGAGAAAACCGACCCCUCUGAUAGCCUCCAUUCAUCCACUGUCAGCCUCUCUCAGGCUCAUAAGGAGACAGGUCAGCAGGAGAGAGUGGAAGGCAGAGGAUACCCCUACAGACCAGUGCCCUUCCUGCAUCCAAAGGACCUGCUGGAGCAGAACGGGCGGCUGAACCCGAUAGGUGAGGAAGACGAGGAGUGGCAGGGGGACGGCAGGGAGAGGAGGAGGUCUGACGCUGAGUCUGUGAGCUCGGUGUGCUCAGACACUCCCAUGAUGGUGUAGAAAACAGAUGCAUGCUCUGCAGGGUGAGAAAGUGAUGUUUAUGCAUCGAAUGUGUGCAGGAUUCAAAAGUUAGCAUCUUCGAAACAAAGUUCAGGCUUGUGACUCGCUGCAAAAGUAUGGAGUUUUUAAAAAGUAUUUGAACAAUCUUAACAAACAAGUUAAUUUUAAAAACACCGCAAAAGGCAGGAAAAAUAUCUGAAAAUCAUGUGACCUUUAAUAAUUUCAAUUAUUCAGCUUAAACCAUACCUCAAAAAGGUCAUUUAUGCUCUUAUUUUGUAAAAUGCCGGCAUAAAUUUUUUGCUGAGCCUGCAUGACAGUUCUAUAAAAGUGAGAGGUCAAUGCAGGAGCUAGAAAUAAAAAAACUUAAGGUUAUUUUCUAUUUUAAUUUCUAAAGAAAUACCCUGACAAUGACUGCUCAAUAAACAGCAUGCUCUUGGAUACACUUAGAGGUAGCUUUAUUUAAAAGCGGAUCAUUGGUAAGAUGUUGUAGGGUGGAUGCUGCUGCUCGAAAGAUGAAUGAAUUUUUAUGCAGAGCUUGCAAAGCUCAAUAAAUCCUUGCUGCAAUAAGUUUAAUAUUUAUGCUACAUUACAUUCCUUUUUGGAUUUGUAGGCCUUUACAGGAUAUUAUACUACAAGGAUUAUUAUGCAAUUUUAAAAAUGUUAUUUUAAGCUUGAUUUAGAGUGAACACCAGCUAGAUCAAUAUAAUGUGUGUUUUUGCGUUAGUUCAUCUUCUGUUCAAGUGUUUUUAUUGCUGCGUCUACAGUGAAAGUUACAGUAAUAAGACAUUUUGGGUUCAGUUUAGUGAAAAAAGCCAUAUGUUUUAUAAUUUGGUAAAUUUAAUAAUGUUAAAUUUGCUUGAAUUCUCUCUCCAUACCAUCGAUAUUAUGAUGUUAUUCCAGAGAAACCUGACUACAUCCAGUCAGAAUGACCACAUUAGCGUAAACAAUACUGACAUUGAUACCUGGUUGUUUAUAUUAACAAUACUACAAUUAUUGACUUAUUUCAGACAGAUGUCGAUUAUCGUCCAGUAAGUCAUCUCAUAAUCCAGUUCCUCCAGUUGUGUAGAAUAGUUUUCCUGUGGGUGAAGGAUUAAGAUUUUGGUCUCCUGGUUACAACAUUUAUUCUGCUGCUUAUUCUGCUGCUUCUUCUGCUGUUUCAGUUUUAUGGCCUUAUCAUUUUUGUCUGUUCUAUUUAAAAUGUAAACAUCUAUCAUAAGAGAUUUAAUCCUUACACAAACAUUACAUUAAGGUCCACAGAGAUUCUACAGUUUUUGUGCUAAAAAAAGAAAGUAGUAAUAAGAUUAAGCAAAUCUAUAUAUAGAACUAAACUUGUUGCUUGGUUUAAAUGUCCAAGAAUGACCCUGCUGUAUUUAGAUGAUGCAGCUCCAAUGACAAGAUCAGAGUGAGAUUCAAACUGCUGUCUUGUCUGUAGUCCCUGCUACACUGAACAGCCCCGAAGCAUCACCCAGGGGAAACAACAGGGGGCGGGCAUCAUCUAUUUGAAUCCUUAUUGGCAUUAGUGUGCAACCCUGAACUAAUCAGUGAAUGCCAUCCAACAGGCCAGCAGACUCACAUUUAGUCAGAAAUAGCAGCUACACAAGCUGUCUGAUAAAAUAUAAAUAUAGAUGCUGCUUUCAGACACAUCCUAGCAAUUGUAAAGUACCUAAAAUACUUUCAUUUUGAUGUUAAGGCACAUUAAGAUAUAUGUCCGUCGAAAGGCAAGAGAUGGAGUCCAGCUCAAACACAAUUGAUGUUCUAAGGUACAGUGUGUAGAAUUGGGAACAUAGCGACUUCUAACAGUUGGAUUUCAGAUUGUGAUGCUCACCUCUGCUGGUAAUCAUCACAAGUGGAAUUUUAAAAUGCACAUUUGUCAAAAUUUGAUGGCUAUUUUCACUCACUAUAAGAUUCAUGUAACUUGUAUUUUAUGUUAACAUUAUUCACUUCAAUAAAAUGGGCUUAUUUUGCCUUAAAUACCCUUUUCUUGAUUGAAAUCUGCUGCUGUUGCUAAUGAGCUAAUGUUAGCUAGUGUGCUAAUAGUACAACAUCCAUUACAUCACCAAUGUGGCAUUUAUUGAGUGUCCACACUCAAUGCCUGAAUAUUUUUGAGUGUGCCUAUAGUAUACUGAGUAUACUUCUCUAUUUGAACUCACGAAGCGCACUUGUGCACUUAAGUCGUAUUUAGUGUAGACGUGUGUGAUGUGGGAUACAUGCAAUUUGUAAAAACCCAAGAUGGUCCUCCUAUCUAUGAAUAAAAAGAUAAUUCUGCGUUGUUAAAUAUAUAUUUCAUAAUUAAAAUUAAGUAAUUAAACUGUAAUUUAGAAAGUCCUACUUAUAAAUGCUAUGUUCCGCUUCUACCAAGUUAGUUCUGCUCAUUGCUACAAGGUUAAAUAAUUCACACUGCACCUUUAAGCUCCUGUGAGUGUUUUUUCUAUUUGCUUGUUAUGAAACAAACUAUAAAUAAUACUAAAGCUUCUUUUUGACCUCCAAAUGCAAAUGAAACAUUCAGCAGCAGGACUCCCUGUCUCUAUUCUGUAGUUUCUACUGUCUAAAACUGUUUCUGCAGGGUCUGUGUCAGACAAACACAUGAACUGCACACUGCAGAAAGUCUUAGUUUACAUUUUCCAGGGUAAAGCUUCUUGUGUAGUGAGGGCACGUUUAAAGAAGGCAGGAUGGGAUUUACAACAUAGACAGCCACAGGACAUAACCAGCAAACACUGUUUUGUCCACAGUGGGCACCAAAAUUGACACAAACUUAAAGAUCAUCUACUCUGAAUGCAGUUUUUGGUGCUUCUCCGGUAUGUGGUCUCAGCACAAUUGUCUCAACUCUCCUCAGUCUUCUUUAGGAACAUACCUGGUACCUGGUGCCUUUUUUUUUGGUAUCACAUCUGGUGCAGUUCCAAGCAAGCUGAGCUCAUAGUUAAAUGUGACACCAAUACGCUGAUGACCACUGAGUGGUCAGAGAGUCUCCAGGAGUGAGUAGGAUUUCUUACAUAGUAAACAAAUCACUCAUAUUGUUGGCUCUGGUCCCCUGUGGGAUUUUGCAAAUUCUUCUUUUCUUUUCAUUUGUAUUUUGCAUUACUGCUUGCAACCAUAUCUGGAACAAAAUUUGUCUCCUUGCUGCAACAAAAAGCCACAGACUGAGAAUCCGGUACAUUAUUGCCUCGAUAUUCUCCAUUUUUGUUGUGUUGGCCGUCACCACAGCCAUGCUGUGACGGCCCCAUGUUGUUCUAUGAAGGAAUUCCGAGUGCCUGGGAGUGGAAAAGUACAUGGCUAAGAACAAGUACUAGUUUAUAAAUCUAAUGAAGUUAAAGUAAAACAUAUUUAAUUCAGAUUUUACUUUCAGUACCCAGUAGAUACUGAGGAAUUGUACUGUAGAAUUUGAUCUUUCCAUAUUGGCAAUAACAGCUCGACAAUAUGGCUCUCCAACCAGUUUUUCAGGUAAAGUCACACCUUUAUGGUAAAGUCAAAUAAAACAGCUGUUUUAGGAUGUGAUGUGAUGUGGAAUCACUCUCUUGCUAUCAGGGAUGCAGCAUAUUGGAUUUUUUGCAGAUAUACACUGAUAUUUACAAAUUAGUUUUGGCUUACCAGUAUCAAUACUGACAUUUAAAUGAAGUUGAGACCUAAAUUUUAAGUCCUUAAAACACACUUGUAUACUGUGUAAGGAUUGAUGAUGAAUAAAGAUAAACUGUUCAGCUGACAUACCUAGGUCUGUUGGUCCAGCCUAAAACUCCACAAAUGUCUUUGUUCACACAACCAGUAUUUACAGCCGAUAGGCAAAUAUUAGAUGAAAACAUUGGAUGUAAAUAUGUGCAUCAUAUUCCUUUUUAGGCUAACACACGCUGACACCUUUAUCCUCCAGAUAAUAUCAUGCAUCCCUACUUGCUAUGUGCUGCUGUGUAGUCAACAGAGGUGUACUCAAGUAAAAGUGCAUUUACUCUGGUUAAAACUUACUUUAGUGAAAGUAAAAAUACUGAUUUCAAAAUGUACGCAAAAAGCUACCCACUUAUAGUAAUUUGGGUAAAUGUUAUUGGUUACUUUCAUUUCUGAUUAAAACCAGGUAGAAUGAAGCCCAGCUGAGCUGGUACCACAUGUAGAAAUGAACUACUGGCUCUUUAAAUUGUAAAUGAUUGCAAUAGAACAUUUAGUUUAGAGUAACUGGGGAAAAUGAUGACCCAUACUUGUAAAAUAAUAAAUAAAUAUUAAAAUCCCAAUGAUUGAAAUUUUGUAUUACAUGAUUAGUAAAUAGCUUCAUGUUAAACUCAAGAAAACCAGGCUGUACAUCAUGGACAUAUAUGAAGGCAGCUGACAACAGAUGUAGCAAAGUAAAGUGAAUGUAUCUUAAUUUGAAAGGGACUCUUUUAUUCCUUUAAUUUCACAUGGUGCUUUAUCAAGUAUACUCUUAUAUGUAUAAACAGGAAUAAUACUGCUGAAAUGUGACAUUGUGAGUGUGAUCUGAUAGCCUACUUGCAUGUCUUUAUUGUAUUUUAUUGUAUAUAUGUCUGUAUGUUAAUGUGUACAUAUGCCUUUUUCCUGUUAAAGCCAUUUAUAACCAAAGACUGAAACACAUGCUGAGAACUGAUAACCUGCACGUCACGAUCGGUGUUUACAGACAGAGCUGUUUUAUUGUAUGUAAUAUGCUGAGGUUACCUACUGUAUAUCUGUGUUAACACAUAAAACUUGUGUAGCCUAUAUGCAACCCUGUUGAAAGAGUCACUUUUUCAUUACUUCCUGUACAGUCUCAUGUCUACAUUGAUCCUAUGCCUCAUAAACUACUGAA